CUCUUAUAUAUGGACUGAUUCUUAUUUCCGGCUGGUGUUCUAUAGUUUGCCUAAGUAGAAUUUACAUGGGAAUGCACUCCAUUCUGGAUGUUAUUGCUGGAUUCCUAUAUGCCAUUUUAAUCUUAGCUGUCUUCUAUCCAUUUGUGGACCUGAUUGACAACUUCAACCAAGCUCACAAAUAUUCUCCAUUAAUCAUCAUUGGGCUUCAUUUAGCUUUGGGGAUCUUUUCUUUCACUCUUGACACCUGGAGCACAUCCCGAGGAGACACAGCUGAGAUUCUAGGAAGUGGUGCUGGAAUUGCAUGUGGAUGUCAUGUUAGUUAUAACAUGGGUCUAAUAUCAGAUCCUUCUCUGGAUAUAUUACCUUUAGCUAGGCCCCCCAUUACUAUGACUCUGUUUGGAAAAGCCAUAUUGAGGAUCCUUAUAGGGAUGGGAUUUAUACUAAUGGUCAGAGAUAUAAUGAAAAAGAUCUCCAUUCCUUUAGCCUGUAAAGUCUUCAAUAUACCGUGUGAUGAUAUUCGAAAAGCAAGACAGCACAUGGAAGUUGAACUUCCUUAUCGGUAUAUUACCUAUGGAAUGGUUGGUUUCUCCAUCUCAUUUUUUGUUCCUUAUGUAUUUUUCUUUAUUGGUAUCUCUUGAUGGAGAAAUAUUGCUUAUGUUAAGAAAGGAGGAUAUUAGUCACUGAUAUCUAAAAAUAUAUUCGAGGUAAAAGCCAGAUCAGAAUUAGGCUUUUGCGGGAAUUUAAAUAAUUAUUUAAGUAAAUUCAUAAGACUCAGUGCAUUUUAUCAUUGCACAUUCAGAUAUUGUUUUAGGUGAGAUAAGCUGUUUCAAUACUGGAAAAAUGAUAAGUAUCCAUUUAGAAUGUUCAUGUAAUGUUUGGAGAGUUUUGUGCUGUUAUGGAUUCAAGUUAUAUAUAAUAUAUAUUAAGGUACAUAAUAUACAACUAUAUAUCUAAUAUAUGUUAUAUAUAAAAUAAUAUACCUAAGUUUUUUUUAAACUAUGGGGAUGUAUUAUAAAAUCAAUAAUAAUAUGCAAACAGUUGUGCCUGUGUAUUUGGACUUAAUACAGGUAUGUUGUUAUUAACAAAUAUAUUUAACAUUUACCUACUAUGGGAACCAUUUCCUAAUUGAAUUGCAUAACUACUAGACCAGAAUUCAUAUGCUAACACAUUAUUUACUGCCUCUUUUUACACUGCCAUCACCUUUCAUGUUACUGAUGAUGUUGAACAUGGGAGGCAUCUUUAAUGGACCAAAUUUUCAGAAAAACUCAUUUUUGGAUUUAUUUUUUUUAAUUUCUGUACACUAUGUUGAAUGUACUUUAUUUGCACCUGUUCUGGACAUCAGUUUAAUAAUUCAGGUACUGAAUUUUUUUGCUUGCUAAUUGUGCCUUUCUGUUGCUGAAUUAAGAAAUGCCAUGUAUACUGUGAUAUAAAAAUAAGAUGCUAACUUUAUCUUAAGUUACAUAUAAUCAGGCAAAUAUUUUAAAGACACAUGUUAAGCUAACAGGUAUAGAAGUAAACUACCCUUAACUCUUUAGCCUUCAUUUAUGAAGAAAUGUGGAACGGGCUAAAAUUUCUCACUAAUUUAUUGGAAAGCUAAAUGGAUAAAUAUUUCCAUUUUUGUAGGUAUUUUUCUGUGAAUUAUAGGUUAUAGGAGCAAGCUAUAUUUUUUGUACAUUGUCUUGAUUCUUUAUACUGCAGGUCAAUAUUUCCAAGUGGAAAUGUAGUUGAAAUUUAUGGAUGGGACAAUGCACAUACUUCAUAUGUAAACAAACCAUUUUUCUAAAUUAUUUGGAAAGGAUUGGAUUUAGCACUGUUAACCUUUAACACCCAUUUAUUAGCUGCUUAAUGUGAAUUAUAAAAUCUAAAAAUAAGUAUCAGUAUUUUUACAUCGUGUUAUUUUUUAACUUUUAUUGUUUUCACAGUGACGAAUUUGGGCAUAAUAAAGUAUUUCUUUCUGUGCCUUUACACUUUAAAGUGCAGUUCUAUUUAAGUUAACAUUAAGUUCAUUUGUAGAAAGUUUUUCAUGAAGAGGAUAAUUAACUUUCCAUAUAAAUGAACAUCAGGUAUGGAAUUACUGACAGUGCAAUAUCUGUAUGAUUAUCCAGAAGUAUCACUUGAGAUGUUUCUAUUUUGGGCAGCAUAACUAUUUGAACUCAUAUUUUUAUAAUUCUGAUUGAGACUCUAGGGGCAUGGUAAUUUUUACCAAAACUGAAUCUGAUAGUUUUAAGUAAAGCAACUAAAAUUGGGCCCUUUACCUAUUAGUUAAAAGGAAACCAAGGCACUUAGGAACACAUUGGUACAUUGGAAAAUGUGAAAAGAGCUUUUCUUUCAAAAUGUGUAUUUAAUGAACUGAAUUUUAAGGACUGUGUCCCAUAAUUUGGGUCUAUGCUAUCCUAUCAGUUUUGAUGUCUAGCUUAAAAGGUAUUUGAAAAUAUUUUAUUUCUUUGUGUUUUAUUAUUUUCUGUCCUAUGACAGUUCUAUGCUAAAUGUAUUUUAAAAUAAAAGCCAAAUGUAAGAUU